AUUUAAAGAAGCAAUACGAGAGAAGACUGAACCGAAGGUGUGAAAAAGAUGGGGACUACCUGGGGUCCCAUCCCAAAAUAAUCAUCUGUCUUGCAUUCAGGAAGUUAACAAUUCUGUGUCUUUCCCCAUGAAGAGGGCUAGAAAGAAGUGAAUGAAGACAAAGAUAAUGCAUGGCAAUCAAAAGAAAAAAACAAAAACAAAAUAGGACAUCAAGCAUGCUAAUCAAUCAGAAAUAAAUAUCACAUUAGAAAUAAUAAAAAUGGGCAAAGAAAUAAAAAAGAAACAGAAAAUACCAAGAAAAUAAAACCCAUCCUGUCAACUUAAAACCAAAACAAUUCAGUUGAGGAAAAGACAGCACACCAAUGAGUCGUGCAAUCAAAUCAAACCCCAUGGUGCGAAAACAGGAGGGAAAAGAAAUUCCAAAGAAGAGGCAUCCAUGUCUCUUUCAGUCCCAGCAGACUGGAACAAAGACAGCACUAUCCCAGAAGCAAACCCCCGUGCCAACAUGGGUUUGGGACAGUGUCGCCGCCAGCACCUUCAAGCAGUCUCAGGGUUUCAGCCGCUGGGGAUCCCAUGGUUGUCUUCCCCAUCUAGAACUUCUACCUUGCGAUGUCUAUCCCGCUUUAAAUCACUUGAUAUCCACUUCUCAUGACUUCCUCUCUCUUCUUCGUCCCCUCCCCCUCUUCAUACAAAGUAUCUCUGAUCUUCACUCUGCUCUGGGAGUCACACAGUCUGCACUGACAGCUUGUAUAAGUAACUACGCGGUGAUCCGCCACCCGUCUCUCGUGGUGCAUCAACAACUAGUUGAUGGUGAACUAAGAUUAUCAUCGAUAAUCACUAAGCUCUCACUUGUCCUUCUCUUUCGCAUCAACCUUCAACGACGUCUUUCUUGCUUCCUUGCAAGAACUUCCUUGAUUCUCUGUUUCAUUCAACUUUUGUUUCGUCACCUUCUAUUGUUGUCUUUGACUGUUCAUUCAUCUAUUCGCUCCUCCCCCUCCUCCCGCCAGUAUUCAGUUCAUUCAGAACAAGACCACUUGCUUUAUUUAUUUGAUCUCCAUUCUUCUUUUCUUCUUCUCCUUCCCCUUCUUCCUUCCUUCAACUCUCUCUCUCUCUCAAUCCAUCAGUCUCCUUAGUGUUCAAGACAUUUGAUCAUUUCCGUCAAACGCGAAUGUGUUCGAGACUUGCUCUCAGAUGCAGAAUCCCUCCCCCCACUGAGUAAACGACUGACUGGUGUCCCUUGCACCUCACUGCGCCUUGCCCACCUAUUAGGCAUAAUCAACAUCCACUUUCCCCACAACUCAUUCCAUCGGAGCA